GAUGGAAUAGCAAUCAACGGUUCGUCGUCGAGUUCCAGGGAUUGCAUCACCCGACAUGGGUGCUGUGUGGUCUUCUGCAACGUGAUGAAGCUUUGUAGCGUGUAAAGUUCUGACGGGAGAUGUCACGACGCCGAUCUGGCGCAACGCAUUGGUAAUCCCGCUUUCGUUAUCGAUCACCGUCACAGCAGCUAUGGGUUCUGCUAUGGGCACCUGGACUAAUGUGGCGUUCUCCUUGACUUGGUGCGUUUGCCAGCGAUUGUGUGACCCAUCUCUCAUCUCCGCGAAGCAAUGCUUAACUCCAGCAACAAUAACAAUAACAACAACAACAACAACCACUACAACCAGGGUUGAUCCCUCAUUGCCCUUACUCCUUACUUACUCUAGUAUAUCCCUCCCGCCCAUUUCUUCUCGACAGCGGAUAUCUACGACCUACCGUGGUGCUUAACGCGUACUAUACCCCCUCGUCCGAUUGCUUCCCUGGCCUCUAUUUUCUCGUACGAUACAGCUUCAGCUCCUAGCGACCAAGGCCAAUAGCUCAUAAUAGUCCAUGUCCUGGUUAAAUCACUAUUAUCCCUCGCGCUUUUUAGCCCGCCUGGCUCUACACUACGCAGUACCUACCCAUGUACUUACUUUAGUACUCGUAGUCCGUUGCUGUUAUUCCCCACAGCCCAAGAAUAGGAAGCAUGCUACCGGUAUCCCUCUUUAUGCAGUGCUAAUGGUCAUUGGUAGCAGACCAGGACAUGCCGGAAUAACUAAUAACUCGGGUUUUAUGAAGGCCGCUACCGAGAUAAUGCCAACGAAACAUUAAGGAUACUCGUAACGGCAAGUGUCCUCGCUCCUAUAACAUCCCCUGCUUUAUUACAGUACCUACCCACGGGACCAGCGUGGUCCCCCUCUCGCAUUCUCGGCCGGAACAUACCCCUGACGUAUGACGCUGCUGUUACCUGUCACAAUCCUAGCCUAAACAAACCCACGAUGCUGAGACUUCAAUGCUUUCCUCGCGUAAUAAUACCGAUGAUAAGAGAUGGACUUACUUACUUGGUACAGUCCACACUACAUGGUAUGACACUGGCUAGGGCUAGGCAUGUUAUGCUACCUACGCUUACAUACGCCAGAGGUAGGUAGCCUACAAUACCUACUGUAUGUACAGUAAGUAAGUAAUAGUAGGCGUAGAGAAUAGCCCUCGCUUAACAUCUACAGUGCGCCUGGCUUGCUUGGCUUAGGCUGACCUCAGCUAAUGGAAGCCAUCUACAUAACAAGAUGGAAUUAUAAAUUUGUACGUCGAACACAUCCUGAAUUAUACAAGUACUUAGCUGGACUAGCAUCUCUCCUUCCACUAGGUACUAUGUAAGUACUUACAUACCUAGGUAGGUAGGGAAGUGUAAGUGUGGGAAGUAGCGGGUAAUGGUAGUGGUGGUAGUGUAGAACUACCAGUACUUAGCGUGCUGUAGUAGGUACAUACCUACCUACAUCCUACCUACCUUAAGGAUGUAAGUACUUAUGUACUUACUUAGGUGGGUAGUCCAUCUAUCUCCACUC